GCAGGUCGAGAGCCCGACGGGAUGCAGCAGGCCGAGGUGGACUACACGGCUGACCUGCUGGACCACCUGCUUGGACGGGCCCAGAAACGCGAGGAUAUGGCAGCAAUCUCUCGCGAUAAGAAAUGGAGGUCCUGCAUCCGCCGCGGAGGUGCCUGUGACCACCGCCCCAACGACUGCUGCUACAACUCCUCCUGCCGGUGCAACCUGUGGGGGACCAACUGCAGGUGCCAGCGCAUGGGUCUCUUCCAGCAGUGGGGGAAAUAAAGUGUUGGAGUCGCCGUCAGUCACUCGCUUCCCCAGUGUUGCCCCGGGGACCUUACCGCACCUCGACUGCCCCCCUGUCGCAAUCGUUCCCCUGCCCCCCUGCACCUUCCCUGUCCCUUCACUCUCCCUCCUGGUCUCUAACGAUUGAGCCCUUCCGCCAGCCCGCCCUCUCCCUCCUGCCAACCCUUGCACUUCACAUGUCUUCCCACCGCAGCCUUCCACCACGCCCGACCCCUCCCCGCCCCUUCCUGUCAUACCUCCUCCUUCUCCUCCUCCUCCCGAAGAUCCCUCGCCGUGCACGCCUAGUGAGCCCCGGAGAGCAAGAGUUCCAUUGAGUCCCUAAGUCUAUCAGUACACGCAUAUCAGUCACUCCAACGACAAGCAUCCGACUGACUGACGACGCCGCUUGCUUGGUGUAUAUAUAGAGAUAAACGAAGAACGAAUCAUGAUUAUUAAGAAAAUGACAUGUUAAUUAAGGAAACCUAGACGUCCCUCCUCCUCCUCUUCCUCCUCUACCUCCUCCUCCCCUUCCUCUUACCUCUCGUGCUCCUUCCCCACCCUCGUCCCCUCCCCCCGCCGCCCCCCUGUGUGUCCCCUGUGACGGGUCCUGGUCGAGGUUAGCGGAGCGUCCCUCCCACGUGUGUGUUGGGUGUACUCUUGUGUGGUUCAGGUAUCACUAUCGCCGGUAACCUCCACUAAUUAUGUUUAAACGAUGCAUGUUCUUGGUUGCUGAUUGGAUAUGAACUGUACCGCGGUGUGGGUAUUCGUCACUGGCCGAUCCCCUCCUCCAGCCACUUGAAUUAGCCAAUCACAAUACCCACACCACCAAGCCAGGAUCUGAUUGGGUAUACUCCAGCCACAUACCCUAAUCAGGCCCAGGCUUACCGUAUCUAACCUUGUAUCUUUUUUUUUUUUCAAAGUGAAGAGAUUUAAAUCAGAGUGAUUAUCGAGUCAUAUGGUAUAAAUAUAUUAUAUAUAUAAUAAUAAAGUGUCUAUGUGUA